UUCAAAACUGUUUCCUUCCGGUGAUAAAACACAGCACGAAACGGUACUUCCAACUCAAAAAUAUGAGUGGUCGCAAAGUCGUCCUAGUCACCGGCUGUGCCAAAGGCGGUAUCGGCUACGAGUACUGCAAGGCCUUCGCCAACCAUAAUUGCCAUGUCUUCGCCUCCGACGUCCCCCAUCGCCUCCCCGACCUGUCGGACCUCUCCUCGGAAAACAUCGAGACUAUCGAGCUCGACGUCUCCUCCGACCAGAGCGUGGCCGCUGCCGUCCACACCAUAACAUCCAAACACGGCCGAAUCGACGUUCUGCUCAACAACGCCGGCAUCGGAAGCCCCGGCCCGCUGGCGGAGCUGCCGCUGGACGCCAUCAGAAAAGCGUACGAGAUCAACGCUCUGGGGCAGCUGAGGCUGGUGCAGCACGUGGUGCCUCACAUGGCUGCCCGGCGCAGCGGCAGCAUCGUGAACGUUGGCAGCAUCGUCGGAAUGGUGCCGACGCCCUGGGCCGGUUCUUACUGCGCCAGCAAGGCGGCGGUGCACGCCAUAUCGAACAGUUUGCGGGUGGAGCUCCGGCCGUUUGGGAUCAACGUGGUGUUGGUGAUGCCGGGAGCGGUUGCGUCAAAUUUCGGGAAGGGCAGCAUGGAGAAAUUGGCCAAUUACGAGUGGAAACUGUACAGGGAAUUCAGGGAAGCGAUCGAGGAGCGAGCCAGGGCAUCGCAGGUGAGUAAGUCGACGGAUGCCUCCGUGUUUGCUCGGCACGUGGCGGAGAAGGUGAUGAUGAGGCCGGCUCCGCCCAAGGAGAUCAUGUUUGGGCAUAUGACCGGUUUCUUCAGGGUUCUUUCUUGGUCUCCCCUUUGGGUUAGAGAUCUCUUCUUUUACAAGCGAUUUAAAUUGAACAGGAAAUUAUAAUUAAAAAUUGUGAUGUGAUAAUUAAAGACUUUCUUUCACUUUCAGAUC